AUGCUGGCGCUGCGCUCGCUCCGAGCGGCGCGGGGCGCGGGCUGUGGACUGUGUGGCCUGUGGGAGGGGCGAUGGGCGUCGACGGCGGCGGAGGCCUACCGGUUAGACUCCGAGCUGCAGGGCGCGGAUCCCCCCGUGGAGCUCCCCACGUUCGUGGGCGACCGCAGGGCAGCCGAGCUGCGGAAGCGGCCGUUGGCCCCGACGUUGCCGCUGGCCGAGGCGAUCGCGUGGGCUCGGGAGCGAGCCGUUGAGCUGUCGAAGCAGCGCCAGGAGAAGGGCGGCAAGGGCCUCCUCGGCUCGCUCGACGUGCACUUCCGGCUGAGCGUGGACCCGAAGAAGGGCGACCAGGUCGUGCGCGGCGCCGCGGUGCUGCCCCACAGCACCGGCAAGGCGGUGCGCGUGGCGGUGUUCGCGGAGGGCUCCGCGGCGCAGGCCGCGAUCGAGAGCGGCGCGGACGUCGUCGGCGGCGAGGAGCUGAUCGAGGAGAUCUCCCGCAGCGCCGGCAAGUCGGUGGACUUCGACAAGACGAUCACCACGCCGGCGAUGAUGCCGCGCGUGGCCAAGGUGGCGCGCAUCCUGGGCCCGCGCGGGCUGAUGCCGAACGCCAAGCUGGGGACGGUCACGCAGGACGUGGGCCCGCUCGUCGCGCAGAUGAAGAAGGGCCGCGCCGAGUUCCGCGUGUCGCGGGAGCGCCUGAUCUGUGCGGGGCUCGGGCGCGUGAGCGAGGACGGCGCGACGGAUGGGCCGCUCGCGGAGAACCUCGCGGCCUACACCGCCGCCAUCCUGGACGCCAAGCCCAAGGCGGUGAAGGCGGCGGGGAUGCGCGGGUACAUCUCGUCCGUACGCGUGUGCACGACGUUUGGGCCGUCGGCGCUGGUCGACCUGGCGACCGUCGAGCGCGCGGUGCGGGACUACCGGGCCAAGGGCGCGGGGAUGUGA